AUGUCGCCUGGUAGUCACAAUGGCGACACCAACGGCGUCGUGGGCCACGUCCGCUUCAUCUCGCUCGAGUACGACGGCAACGACUCGGAUGCUUCUGCCCUGCAGCUCGUCACGGAGCUGCGACCCGAGUGGAAGGAGCCCGGCUCCAAGAUCGAGUUUGUGCGCUUCACCGAGGGCAUCACCAACACCCUGCUCAAGGCCGUCAACAAGAAGGAGGGUCUGUCCAAGGAGGAGGUGGACAACGAUGCCGUCCUGUUGCGCGCCUACGGCAAUGGCACCCAGGUGCUGAUCGACCGACAACGAGAGACCGAGAACCACGAGCUGCUGAUGCAGUACGGCCUAGCCCCCGCGCUGCUGGCCAGGUUCAAGAAUGGCAUGAUGUAUAGAUAUAUCAGGGGCAAGGCGACGCUGCCCGAAGACCUCAGAAAGCCGUCCAUUUACUUGGCCGUCGCCAAGCGCCUUGCAGAGUGGCACGCCAGAGUGCCUUGCUUGGCACAGGUACCCGUCCACGCGAAUGGAAAUGGGACCCAUGGUGCUACAAAUGGGAAUGGCGUGACCAAGCACUUUGUAGCAGAAGAGGUGGCCCCCGGCAAACCUCCGCCAAAUGUGUGGACAGUCAUGCAGAAGUGGCUGCUGGCUUUGCCUACCGAGACCGAGGCUCAGCGCGAGAGGCAGAACAAGCUCCAGGAGGAGCUCAGGAGGAUGAUUACAGACUUGAGUCAAAGGCCUGGCUUGGGCAAGAAUGGCCUGGUCUUUGCUCACUGCGAUUUAUUGAGCGGAAAUGUUAUAGUCGUCCCUAAGGGAGCAACAAACAAGCACGACACUGUCGAAACUGUUAAUUUCAUUGACUACGAGUAUGCGACCCCUUCGCCGGCUGCCUUUGACCUGGCCAAUCACUUUGCCGAGUGGGGUGGCUUUGACUGCGACUUCUCCGUGCUCCCGACCCGUGCCCAGAGACUCGAAUUCAUCAAAGCUUAUAUACACGCUUAUUUCGAGCUUCUCCCUGCCGACGUGAAGCCGGCAGAGGUUGACGAGGAGAAGGAAGUCGCUAAGCUGUUCGAGGAGGUUGAUGUGUUCAGAGGCCUCCCGGGGUUCUACUGGGGUAUCUGGUCGCUCAUCCAGGCGCAAAUAUCACAGAUCGAUUUCGACUAUGCUAAUUACGCAGAGAUCCGUUUCGGCGAAUACUGGGCUUGGCGAGACGAGGUCACUGGAUCUCGCGCUUCAGAGGGCCGAGAGAUGCCUUUGCGUGAGAGGAGAUGGGCUCAGCCAGAGUAG